AUGCAUGUUCUCCCUUUGAGUGGUGACCUUGAGGCUGGAGACCCAGGUCUCACUCAUCUUUGCACCGCAGCCGCUGGCUUGCAGCAGGUGGGCAGCAAGUGCAGGAGGCAGGGAAAGGAGAGGGGGAGAGAGGGUCGCUCCUUCCUACUGAUUCAGGUCAACCAGUGGGUCAGGUUCUGUGCUUGUUUCCUCUGCCAGAUACUCUUGCGUCAGGUGGACACACAGCUCAUGCCCUCAUCUCCUUCAGGCCUCUCCUCCAACGUCAGUUCUCCAACGUCCGGUACUGCAGUUCCCAUGAACUGCAUUCCCCCAGUCCCCAUCUCGAGCCUUACCUUUCUUCACGCUCUCUUGUUCCCUUCCACCACCACUGGUCUCUCUGCUUCUCUCACUGAAAUGUCAGCUCCAGGUGGGCAGCUAUCUUUGAUUUGUUCUCUGCUGUGUCCUUCGCACCUAGUAGAUGCUCACUAA